AUGUCAACGCCAACAACGCCAACGACAACGAUAGCAACGACAACAACGACAACAACUCCUCCUGAUUUAGAUGUGAAAGAGCUCUGGAAGCCAUUAUUAGAUGUCAUUAUAAGAACUAUUGAAGACGAACAAAGAUACAUCAUAAGAGAUGUAUGUGAUUACGUUCCAAAUUUAACAAUCAAAAACUACCAAAAGAAGCAUUUGUCAUAUUUUCAUGGCCUUCGUUCAUUUUUUAAAGGGAGAGAUUUUGACGAGGUUGCUAAAUUCAUUCGUCUUCCUCAAGAUCCAAAUGAAUCCCCACAAGAAUCGUGGCCCGAAAGAAUUAAUACCCUUGUCUUUGAUGUGUUAUCCUUGACUGCUCCUGAUUUUUAUUACCAAUUCCAAGAUGAUAAAUCAGGACAAGUAAAUCUUUAUAAUUUAAUGAUUACAACAGGAUAUGUGGUUCCAGAAUACCUCGCAAGAAAUGAAUUGAAUAAACUCACUUAUUCUCCUCGUAUGAAUUUUUCACGAUUCCAACGUAAAGUGACGGAGGUUACAUCAUUAGCAAGGAGAAGUAAUUAUCCUGUUAAAGAUAGAGAUGUUGUAAUGACAAUAAUUGGUAAUAUGCAUAAAUCACCAUCUACAGUAGAAAUUGCUUUAACUGCUUAUAGAUUAAAGAAAUAUGAAAGCUUGCUGGUUUUUUUUGUAUUUCUUAAAAAAACUAGAGAAUACGGAACAAGUGCAACAGUACUUAGUGUUAUUCAAUAG